UUUAUUAUUUUCUAGAGAUGGGAAGCUGAGCCCAUUUGUAGUAUAAUAUACUAUUGGAUUAGGUAAAAAAAAAAACAAAAACAAAAAAAACAAAUUGAGUGAACGUAUGAUGAUGUGGCAGUUGUACGUAGAUUUUCACUGCCGGUGCAACAGCUGUUCCAGUUCCCGAGAGGCAGGCAGAGGAAUCUUAUUUGCUUCUCUAUGGCUUUUCACAUUUCCGAGAGACUAAAAACACCUUUUGAUAUCUCUUCUCGCCAGGCGUCCAUUAUUUGUAGUAAUAGAUAUGGCGGAGGCUUCCAGGGAUACAUCGGUGGUGUCAGUGGCGGUUUCCACGGCGUUUCCUGGUUUCAAAUUCUCUCCGACGGACAUCGAGCUUAUUUCGUAUUACUUGAAACGAAAGAUGGAUGGCUUGGAGGGGUCCGUCGAGAUUAUCCCUGAGCUCGAUAUUUACAACUUCGAGCCAUGGGACUUGCCUGAUAAAUCAGUCGUUAAAUCUGAGAGUGAAUGGUUCUUCUUCUGUGCUCGUGGUAAGAAGUAUCCACACGGUUCACAGAACAGAAGAGCAACCAAGAUGGGAUACUGGAAAGCCACAGGCAAAGAACGUAACGUCAAGUCUGGUUCUGAGGUUAUUGGAACAAAGAGGACGCUUGUCUUCCACAUUGGUCGUGCUCCUAAAGGAGGAAGAACGGAAUGGCUUAUGCAUGAGUACUGCAUGAUUGGAAUAUCCCUAGACGCGCUGGUUGUUUGCCGGCUUAGAAGGAACACCGAGUUUCAAGGAGCUACGACUCAAAAGCCGCCAAGUUUAUCACUUGACAAGAACAAAAACAUGCAAAGCGAACCUGUUUCAGAAAGUAAGUCUGGCUGGGAAAAUAAUAUGUUUGAUUAUUACUUAUCAGGUGAAUCAGGGCAUGAACUACUCAGUGAAAUAACUGAAUCUUCGCAAUCUUCACAUAAUCCACAGGUUCCUAGUGAAGAAGAUUUCUAUGCGGAUAUCCUGAGGGAUGACAUAGUGAAGCUAGAUGAUCCGGCAGACUCCGGUAAUACACUAAUUGAUGUCCCCAGGCUUCAAUCAGAGUCCACAACCACGAGGGUCCUGCCUUUACCCAGCAUGGUAGACAAACAAAUGCAAUCACUGCUACAGAAACUGCCAUUACAGAAUGACAUUGGUGAAGAAAACAACAUAUCCAUGUCGAGUUGCUUUAUUGGUAUUUACUCGAUUAAGUCCAUCAACCGAGCGAGGUGGGACGUUGUUGCUUGGGUACUGGUUAUGAUAGCCGUGUUGGUGUUUUAUCUGGUGUGACGACGUUGAAGAAUUGCAUCUUCUUGGCUGUGUUAUGUCUUAAUGUUGAGAGAAUAUGAUGAUGUUAGGCUUAGUUUACAUCAUCAUUCUCAACAUUAUGUAUAUUUAUAUAUGUAUGUAUGUGCCGUAAGUAAAUUAAACUUGAAUGUGUCAAAAGAGAUGAAGCUCUAUUUCAGGUAGAUUUCUAUC